UCUCGUGAUUGGCUGAGGCGGAUGACGUCACCUCCGCCGUGACGCCAUCCUCCUCAUUCAUAAAAAAAAAAGGAAAAGAGUCGAAACGAUCGUGAAGAGAAAGCCAGAGUGACAGAAAGAGGGGGUCGCGGUAACAAUGAGCUCCACGGGAAGCGAGAUGCGCGCAUAGAAGAGCGGAGCUGCGGUGCUGGGGGCGGGUGGGAAUCCACGCGGGAUCCGGAGCCAGAGGCGAACCGAGCAGCCACAGCAGAGUCCGCAGACCAGCGAGCACAGCAGCCCCCCUUACACGAGCGAGCCCCGCAAUGGAGGAUCUUUGCGAGAUGGACUGCCCAGUGCUCAAGCGGCUCCUGAAGGAAGACGGUGCCCGGUGCCUGCUCCUCGACUGCCGCUCCUUCCUCGCCUACAGCGCUGGGCACAUCCGCGGAGCCGUCAACGCCCGCUGCAACACCAUCGUGCGCCGCAGGGCCAAGGGCUCCGUGCUGAGCCUGGACCAGGUACUCGCCGGGGAUGACGAGGUGCGGGCCCGCCUGCGCUCCGGGAUGUAUUCGGCCGUCGUGCUGUACGACGAGAGGACGCCCGACGCGGACUCGGUGAAGGAGGACAGCACCGUCAGUUUCGUGCUCCACGCGCUGUGCGGGGACUCCACGGACACGCACAUCUAUUUUCUCAAAGGUGGCUACGACCGGUUCUUCUCCGAGUACCCCGAGUUUUGUUUAAAGACCAAAUCCUUGCCCCCGCUCACAAGCCAGUCCAGCGUGGACUCGUCAUGCUCGUCCUGCGGGACGCCUCACCACGAUCAGGCUGGACCUGUUGAGAUCCUCCCAUUUCUCUACCUGGGCAGUGCUCUCCACGCCUCCAAAAAGGAAGUCCUAGACGCCAUCGGCAUCUCGGCGCUGCUCAACGUGUCGUCCGACUGUCCCAACCACUUUGAGGGAGCGUACCAGUACAAAUGCAUCCCCGUGGAGGACAACCACAAAGAAGACAUCAGCUGCUGGUUUCUGGAGGCCAUCGAGUUCAUCGACUCCGUGCGUGACUCGAGCGGCCGCGUUCUGGUCCACUGCCAGGCAGGCAUCUCCCGUUCGGCCACCAUCUGCCUGGCCUACCUGAUGAAGAGGAAGCGCGUGCGUCUAGACGAGGCGUUUGAGUUUGUGCGCCGCCGCCGCUCCAUCAUCUCGCCCAACUUUAGCUUCAUGGGCCAGCUGCUGCAGUUCGAGUCCCAGCUGCUCGCCACCUCAUGCGCCGCCGAGGCCGCCGCCACCGCCAGCCCGCUGCUGGCACCCAAGACGUCGUCGGGAGUGGCGUCGGCCGCCGCCACGCCCACUUCGCCCUUCAUCUUCAACUUCCCCGUGUCGGUGGUGAACUCCGCCUACCUGCACCACAGUCCUCUCACCACGUCGCCGGGCUGCUGAUGGCUCGCCGUGACACUCCAAACGCUUCCUGGCUCACAAACCAGCUUCUUCCAAUAAGUGACCAAAAAAAAAAAUCAAACUUGACUUUCAAGCAGGUUUGUGCUCUGGACUUAAAGUGACACACGCUGUUGACAUGCAUUGACACUCAUGAUGAUGAACACGUUUGGUACGAAGAUGGGCUCUGUUGCAAAUUUCCAGUUAAAAUCUUUGUCAGGUGAAGCUGAGGAGUUUUGAAACAAUUUCCCAUGGGAUUUAUGAGAAUUGAUGGUAAUGUUAUAUAAAACCGACAUGAAAGCAAAGAAUCUAUUUCAAAAGAAAAAAAACAUGUUACCAGCUUUAUCAAGUUAAACAAUCACUUCUUUCAUUGAAGAACUAAAACAUGAAUGCGGAGUGAAAUAUUUUCCACCCACCACAUCCCUUCUGUAAAUGUUGACUAAAAUAGAAUAUAUUUCCUUUCAAUUUAGUAAAUUCCCAUGGAAAGUUACCAACUUUCAAAAUUCCCCAGAAUUUUGCACCCACGCUUGCCAUGGAGACGACAGCUCUUUAAGCUGAGGAGAUGGAUGCAGGAAGGAAGAAGGAAUUUUAAGCACCCGCUCCUUCCUCCUUUGGCACUCUUCUAGCUGCCACACAAAAGAUCUGGAUAUGCGUGUGUGGGUGGGGAGGGAGGGGGUCGAGGGGAUCUGAUAGAAAGCAGACCCUCCUCAGUGACAGGUGCUCUGCUGCCAGGCCGACCGGAGUUUCCUGUCCAUCCUCUUCCUCACGCACGCUUAACACAAACAGGCCUUCCUCUCAUCUCCUUUCAUGUCCUUCCACUUAAUCUCUUCUUCUCAUAUUCGCCGCCUCCUCUUCUUCCUCUCUGUUUGUUCUUCUCUUUCCCCGACGAGGCGGCGCGUGCAAAAUAAAUAGAAAAAAAAAAAGACAUCAACACGAAGCCGGGAAAUACUCAUCAGGUCCGAGUCACAAUGGGUCUCUCCUGCUUCAUACGACAAACACUUUCUUGCUCUUUAAAGAUUGUCGACACCUAUUUCUGUAGCACUUUGAAGUGAUGCAAUACUGUAUUUGUAUUUGCUGGUUGCUCAUCACGGUGACAGUAGAUUGACUUUUUUUUUUUUUUGGAAGGAGAUGGAGAGCGAGAACCAAUCAGUUGAGGGGGGUAAAAAAUGGCAAUACUUUUGUCUGUGUGAGUCGAGUCUUUUUUUACGCUCUUUCUGGGGGCUCAGCGCAGUCAAAGCAUCAUACGGCAAUAGAAAACCUUCGUGUAAACGUGUAUAUAAAAUACAUUGAAAAGAAAAAAAAAAAUCGAUUUUAUUGUGUGGAAUGAAUGAACUGUGCAUUUAUUUAUUACGGAGAAACCACUGUUGAAUAAAACUUGUUCUUAAUUAAA